AAAUCUGUUUUUAUUAUUAAAGUAUUAGUCAAUGAUUUGCAAGUUUUUUGCACUCAUUUGUUGGCAAAUAAAAACAUUUAUUGUCUAAAUUUGAUCCCAAAAGACAUUAUUAUCAGCAAAUAGUAAAUGGCUUUUGCAGUAAAGACACCGCUGAUGGAGACGAUGCCGACCGCUGUGGGCGGCCAUCAAAAUGCCCAGCAUUUGGACGCUUUGAUUCCCGAUUGGAUGCGUGAAGAAGUGUCCACUGGAACAUCCAUAAUGGCUGUAGAGUUUGAUGGCGGUGUUGUCAUCGGAGCCGAUUCGCGUACAACCUCUGGAGCAUACAUUGCCAACCGAGUGACCGAUAAGUUGACCCGAAUUACCGAUAAUGUCUAUUGUUGUCGUUCGGGAUCUGCAGCCGACACUCAGGCCAUCGCUGAUGUUGUGUCUUAUCAUUUGAAUUUUUAUGAAAUGGAAACGGGAGAACCGGCAACUGUCCGAACUGCGGCCAAUAUAUUCCGCGAGAUGUGCUAUAAAUACAGGGACUCGUUGUUGGCCGGAAUCAUAUGCGCCGGUUGGGACAGACGUGAAGGCGGAAAGGUAUUUACUCUACCGUUGGGCGGAAUGUUGGUCAACGAAAAGUGUGCAAUCGGUGGUUCCGGCAGUACCUAUAUCUAUGGUUUUGUCGACUCUAACUACAAGCCCAAUAUGACUGAAGAAGAGACGAUGAAGUUUGUGGCCAACGCCCUAUCACUUGCUAUGGCUCGCGACGGUUCCAGCGGUGGUGUCAUACGACUUGCUGUCAUCAAUAAGGAUGGCAUUAAGCGACACGUGAUUACUGGCGAUGAUAUUCCCAAACAUUAUGAAGGAUAACCCUCUUUAACAAAAUAUUUGUUUUUGUCAUUAUUUUUAUUAUCUAAACAUUUAAUUGUUUAAUUUAUUGAACAAAAAAAAAUAUUCAAUAAAAUAAGACAUUUAUU